CCCGCGCGUGUGAAUAGAUAACACACCAGCUUCUAAAAGUGGUCGCACGGAACAGCAGGACAAAACACCAAUUGCAGUAAAGCAAUUACUAAAGAACCACGAGAUCAAGAAUGAUGGCGCCGAUUAUACCGCCUCCCACUGGGACCUCCGGAGCAGGUGCGCAAUCAGCAUCUGGAAGCUCCGUGGCUUUCUCCCCCUCCACCGCCGCUGCCCCCACCCGGAUCAUCAUCUCGCCCAACGGUCGCGUCGAGGCCAAGUUUGAGGACCACACGGGGCUGAUUCUGCAGCCUCGGUUGAAAGCGGUGUCUUAUUUUGACAAAGUUGGGAAGCGGACCAGGAUAUGCUGUGCAAAAGUAUCGAGCUCGUACUAAUUGCAGACAUGCAUGACAAAUCGCCUUCCUUAGCUAAAACAGCAUUACCAAUUUUAUCUGUCACGCUAAGGAAAUUUGCAAUGCAUUUUAUAAAAUAACACUAUAGAAUUUUUACUCGGAUUUUUCGCCCUUAUAGAUUAUAGGGGCGCCCUUAGAAAAUGAAUUCUAGAAAAAAGGGCAUCUAGAAACUUCCCUUAAGGGGGCCCUUAAGGGAAGCUUCUAAAAGAACACGCGGAAGAAAAAAAAAGGCAUCGCGGGGAACAAACAUCCUGCAGGUCUUCCACGCGGGCGGUGGUCCGGCCGGUUUUUAGCAGGUCUAUUCUGGCUACCCCCAAAGACCGGCCCCGUUUGGGGGGGUAGGGGGGGGGCGAUGAAGCUCGGCAUGCAAAAUGAAAAGGGCGGCCCUUCCCGCAUCUGGGGAUAUAUCUGGGGAUAUAUCUGGGGAUAUAUCUGGGGAUAUAUCUGGGCAGAGGUCUUCUCUAGACAUCAGGCUGGCAGGGCAGGAAGCCCAAAAGCGGGGGACCGGGCCGAGGCCAAGGCCGGCGGCCGGGGGGGUCGAACGGGGGCGAGCUAGUUAGGAAGAAGCCCCGGAAGCGAAGGCGCGCGCGUCCACUAAUGUGGGCCGCUACUAGGGAAGGGCUUCAGUAGCAAGUGCGGGCCCGUUUUGUCAUGCUAAAACCGCGGCCCGAAGGGCUUCGAAUAGUGGCCGCGUUUCCGCUAGCAGAUUCCCAAGAGCGGGACUCUUUCGACUAGUCUUCAGCCCAACGCUCUCCAAGUUUUUUCCUCUUUGUUGUUAGUUUGCUUGGUAGUUGCGUUUAGACUUACUAGGCCACCUAUCGCCGGCGUCCUGGACGCCGGCGUAAUGGUCUAGUACUAGUGCGAUGCUUUUGCAUUUCAUACAGGACCUUGCUGAACGGGAACAUUGAAAACGCGGUCACGGAUAUCACGAGAAAAAAGUGUUACAGUUACGCACAUCGUCUUUGCAGGCCCUGCAUGACUGACAACCUCUGUCAUGCCAGAAAUGCUUUUGGCUUUGAGCCUCGUUUGUUCAUACCUGUUUUCCCUUAUGAUCUUUGCAUUCCAAGUUUUCUUUCGCAUGCGGAGAAAAUUUGUGUUGCUGAAUUGACCACAGAAAAAUGUGUCACUGUAACACUUUUUUCGUGUGAUAACGGAAAUCCGGCAGAAACUGGCGUGUUGUGUAAAAAUCGCGAACCAGUACCUCCCUGAACCAAUCUGCGUACCGCCAGCACCGGGGAACAACUUCUAUGGCGGAUCUUCACACUCUGCUUCGUCGAGCAGCAGCAAUUAUAGAAGGCCGCACAACCGCCACACUGCGACUGCGACGAAACUAUCAAGCGAGGACGUAGGGAGACAAGCAACAGAAACUACCACUUGCUACCUCGACCGCUACACGAAACAGGAGCACGCACGGUGGCCGUCAGGGACGACGAGAAGUGUCAGUCGAGUUGGGGAACUGACCACACAAAUCGCCUCGUCCGACGGGGACACGGUCGUAAAAGUCCACGUGAUUACCAGUUCCGCGCGAAACCUUUUUGAAAACGACCCUAUUUUGUUGCAACAACAGCGACCACGAGAAGACGAAACUUCUCAUGCGGGCGGCGCGUCGGAAGAGAAAGGGCAAGGUGCGACGACGACGAGCAGGACAUUGUCUUCCGGUUCUUCACCUUUGCUGCUCCUCGUCGAGGUCGCCUGGCCUUGCUUGAUUCCGGACCACCGCUAUCCAGUGCAAAGAUGACUGGACGUCUGGAAAGGUUGGCUCUGUGUUGAGUGUUUCGAAUUCGUGAAAAAUCUGUAUUGUAGAAGCAGCACGUAAAGCGCCGCACUUUCGUCAUGCAAAGUCGCUGACCUUGCAGUGCGCACUGCGCAUGAGGACAAAGCGUUUGAAAAAUUUUUCAUGCGUCAUGGACGUCCUGCCCGUAGAUCACCAAUGUCAUGCUUCAUUGCACUUGAAGACGCCCUCAAUCAAUCUUCAUGCCCAUUCAGCAUUACAGGUAUUUCCAGACAUCCAGGGAAGAUAUUUGCAUUUGAUAAUCGCACCGUGAAGACGACGACGGAUCUGCGGUCAAAAACGACGAAAAUCGGCGUCAUGUACCAACACGAAAAGAUGAAGCAGUACUUUCUCCUAUCCUGAGUAAAAACGUCCCCACACGCACACCAGAGUCAAGAUGGGGAUUUUGCAACACAAACCUAGAACUUUUGGGUGUCACGCAUCACAAGUUGCAGGCUGUACUGUCGUGCAGUUUAGCAAGGGAAGCAGCACAAGAAAUCCGUCUCCUUAUCCUGUUUACAGCAUUACAAGUUCCAAAACACGACUAAAAAUGCCUCUCCUGGCGAUGCGCACUACAAAUGUUCCUGUCAUUGCAAAUCUGCAUGACAACUCUGGGGUGGGGAUGUUUUUACAUAGGAUAUCUCCUGAAUCACGACACUCUUCCACUGUGCUGGCGCUACCCGGUGCGGCUGUGUUUGCAGAAGCUAUUGGAGGAACUACUGCAGAGUGGUGUUACAACCACACCUUCUGCGCAACAAGGAUCAACAACAGCGGAGGCUACUUCCGACGGAGCACGACCUGCGCAACUACGACAACUCGCGGAACAAAAUUUAAAUCCUUCACUACGGACGACGCUGCAAGAUUUAGCAGCCAGAUGCGAGAUCAGCUGCAGCGUUGGUGCAGCUCCGGGGGAAGAGCAUGCAGAGGUCGUCACCCCGCUACCGUCCGCGAUGAAGUUGGAGAAAACCACAAGUGAUGUACACUCCUCUGUCUACGCAGACGACCACGUGUCGCCAGUACGCAUUGCAAAGAUGUUGUCCGGGGCUGGAAAGUUGUUUAUGGAAGUUUGGUGGAAAGAACCACAAGCGUCUACUCUCCUCGUGCACAGCCAAGCAUGAGAAGUUUGUGCUAAGCUGCUGUGUAGGGGCUGCGUAUUGUGCAAAUGACAGAGAGCGUUUCGUUUGCACUACAAAGUAGGACAAGCAGAGCCGUUCCGUAGCUAGCAUGACAAAGUUUUGAACUCAUGUCAGGCAAGCAUGACAAAGAACCUGGCUUUCAUCUUCCAGACCUGGACAAGAGUUUUCCGAAUGCAUAUCCAGCCAGCCUAGACGAACUGGUGGAGCAGAAGAGCAAUUCGCGUGCAGUCCUGGCCGUGUGGGUGAGAAAUAAUUCCUUGCCGAGCUAUAUCCCGAGUAAAAACGUCCCCACCCCAGAGUUGUCAUGCAAUUCUGCAUGCCAAAAAUGUUUCUCAUGCGGAGCCCUAUGAGAAGCGUUUUCUAUUCGUAUUUUGGAAUUUGUGAUGCUAGAAUCAGCAUGCUCUGCUAGAUCUGUGAUGCUUCUGAACUAGCUAAACAGGAUUACACUACGAGGACAAACUUGUCAUGCCAGACAACCAAGGCUGGUUGAUUUGUCUAGCAGAUCUUGACUCUGGUGUGGGGACGUUUUUACACAGGAUAAGCUACGUGGCUCUACCCGAAUACAACAGCACUCCUGGCGGGUCUUCAAUAACCAGCUCUUUGACACUUUUUGCGAAGCAGGAGCAAAUCUGGGCGAUGGAGUGUCUACAGGCAGGAGGUGACUCAUUGUCUUCGGUGGUGGAAGUGCUACCCAUGAACUGUUACGAAUCCUACUCCAACGGCCAGUUUUGGAGGUGCGGUCGGACAAAUCGCCGGUUCGUGGCCUCGGAAUUCGAUUUACCGCUGUUGGCGAACGCGGUUCGGUGGUUUGGCGGCACGGAGGGGAAGAGGGAUGGUAUACUUGAUCUUUGUCCAUUCACUUUGCGUCUACUUGUUCGAGCAGAACAACUUUUUUCGGUCUUUUUAGCUUUGAUCAAUCUACUAGUACUAGCAGGUUCUACUGUUCUUGCGGAAAAUCAUAGUGCUGGAUCUACAAGCAAAUCGCUUCAUCGUGACAUGUUUUUUAUCAGUCCCACCACCCCGGCCGUUUUCGGAGCGCAGCCAGGUUUCGUCGCAUAGUAUCAAAAAUGCGUCCACGUCAACGCUGUUGCAGCUGGCUGGCAUCACAAACGGGGAUUUUCUCACGGAAAAGAACAGAAGCAACCUGCACCUGAAACACGAAAUGUCUGUGGAAAAUGUCGGGCGGUUUGCGUGUUACGAGUUUUACGAGCCUGCUUAUGAGGGUGCACAACUCCCCCUCCCCCCCAUUCGUAUGGCAUCAGCCGCAUUACAAACACCAGUACAGGUGGACCCUGUGCAUGACAAGUUCAUGCGCCGAGUGUGGUACUGUUUGGAUUUUUUCCGGAAUUUGUCAUGCACACGGUCGUGCCACAAGGUAGCAACUGGAUUUGGGUUUUUGCAUGACAAAUGAGGGGUGGGGGGGGGUGUGCACUGUAAUGCUGCUGCCGCUACUGCUACUUCUCCGGACGAACGCGGUCAUUUCCCUCUCCAUCCGCAGGCGAACUACCUGAUCCGCGCGAAAUAUCGUGAGGAAACCAACUGUGUCGGUCUCAAACCUUUGCAGAAGUAGGCCCAGCAACACAAAGUUGGUCAGCGUGAUAGACGAGAAAACCUGUGAUGCGUCAGGCACAAAGUGGGAAAACAGAUACGAAAGAAGGGUUUCUUGCCUGUCGAGCAUGACAAACAAGUGUUUCAAGGAAGUUGCGCAUUACAAGUUGAGACUGAGACAACUGAUUUUUCUCACGAUGCGAAAUUUCUCGACGGAACGCGAAUGGAGUACGAGACGGGGCGGACGGCGAAGUCCCGAAACUAUCCUGUGUAAAAACGUACUUCCCGCCCGACCAGAUUUGUCAUGCAUAUUUGCAUGCGCGAUACAUCUCUUGUGCGGCCUCCCAUAGGUAGUCGGCAUUUUCCAUCUGUGGUACUGGAGUCAGGAGGAGCCGGUGGCUUUGUGAUGCUGCUUUUGUAGGUAAGCAAACCUACGCUGCGCCUCCAGGUUUGUUAUAGGCAUUUGAUGUGUAGCGCGUCUUGUUCCCACUACAGACUGCAGCGUGGGUCGUACGUCUUUGCCGAGGAUAGAUAUCAAAAGGAAAAAUCCCUCCUCCCCAUAUCGAAAACGAAAUUUGUGAUGCUGGAUUUGAGUACACAAAUCAGAUUUGUCUUGCUGAAGAGGACUGCAGGCCCACAUCAAGCCUGAGUAGAGAGGUUUUGGCCUAGGCGCUUAGCAUGAGAAACGUCUGCGCUGUAGGCCAAACAGCAUCACAAACGAAUCGCCUGCAUAAUGCGGCGGGGCCUGUGGAAUUGCCUUCUUGCAAGACAGAGAUCAUUUGUGGUCGCAAAUCAGCAUUGCAAAUUUUCUGCGACGUACCUUUUCGAUAUAGGGAGGGGGGAUGUUUCCCCGGGAUAAUAGAAGCGAGUUUGUCAUCACGACGGUGGAGAAGGGUAUGGAAGCGUCAGGAUCGAAAUUAACAAAAUCGAAAUAAUUUGUGAUGCAUAAAAUCGAUACCAGUUGGAGCCUCAGUUUCUAAGUGGCGCAUGACAAAUUUUGGGAGCACCAAAACCCAGUCUGUCAUGCUGUGUAGGCAAAGAAGAUUGCGCCUGUCAUGCUACUCUGGCAGUACAUGUAUAGGGCUAAACAGGCUUGCGAUCGGUCUCAUUUGCCUCCUCUCCAACACAGGCCUUGCGGGCCCUACAUUUUAUGCAUUGCAAAUUUUUCGAUUAUGUCGAUUUCGAUCCUGACACUCCCAUAAAGGGCCGGAUGGUUCGGUCGUUUUCCAACCAGAUCGCGCUGGAAAAGGAGUUUCUCGAGUACGUGCGCGCGUGCAAGGUUUUUGAUAUCGUAAGAAAAAAGUGUUACACUUACACAACGUGAUAGAAGCCAAGCAAGACAGACAACCUCUGUCAUGCAGAAAAUGCUUACCAGCGCCAGCCUCAUUUCGUGCGUGUUUUCCGUUAUAGUCUGCGCAUCACAGGUUUUCGUUGCCAUGUCGAGCAACUUUGUGAUGAUGAAACUCCAACAAAUCUGUAACUGUAAUACUUUUUUCCUGUGAUCUUUGAGUAUCAAGUGCUAGUGAAGUCGGAAGAGCAAAAGCAAAACUCCCCCUUGCGGAAAACCGCCGGCGCCAUCUCGAACGAAACGUUUGCGAACAUCGACUGUGUGGGGCUGGCGCGACGUGAGCUGAUCCGGUGCCAGGCGGAGCUGGUAUUACAGUGCACAACUCCCCCUCGUUCACAUUUCUCAUGCAGAAUACCAAUUCCACGCUUUCCCUCCUGUCACUAUUAUGCAUGACAAGUUCUGGUAGCCCAAGUAGCACUACGAUCUAGUACCAAAUUGUCAUGCAAAACCGGCUGUCUUGCUGAUGCUUGUAUUGCCGUUCAUGCUAUACAAAUGAGGGCGCGGCGGGGAAGCUGUGCACUGUCAUAGCUGUUGGGCCGGAACGCAAAGGACGACGUGGCGGCUGCGGCGGUGUUGGCAAGCAAGAACAUUUCUUCUUCUAAUAGCGCGGGAUUAGUUAUGCCGACCAUGCAAGGAAGCAGUAGAGAACAUCAAACGCAGAUGAUGAACAAAUCGCUCCUAAAUCUGUCCGCAACUUCUACCAUGGGCACUUCUGUCAUGCAAAAUUUUUCAACGUCUCAACAGCUAAAUCGCCACUAUAACCAGAGUGACAGUCUGUUGUCAGAUGUGUUUGAGAGGAACCAGAAAAUGCUGGCGUCUCUGGAAGGGGACUUCCGGAUUUAUGGGAAGUAGAACGACGAAUCUGUGUCUGCUCACCGAGAUAAAAUGAAUUUACGCGAUGCACACGUGAGUCGCAAUUUUCGCUGCUGUUGGGUUAAUAGAAUGAGAUAGAGAGCCGAACUGAGGAAUAAAUCGGUGCUUGUUCCUCUCGCAGAGGAAACUUCAUCUGUUGAAAAGAAGGAGUGCGCGUCUCUCUGUUUGCCGUGACAGAAUGAAACACUUGUAGUCCUCUUGUCGCCG